GCGAUGGUUUGUUGGAUGCUCGCGAGAAGACGGUUGCUGAGGCUGUGAACGUCGGAGAGAGGCGCACUCUCACGCGGACUGGGAUGUGAGCGAACGCGACGAGAUGGAGACCUUCAUCCAUCUUCACCUGCAUCUGAUCAAUCUUGGGAGUGAAGCCAAGAUGUGACCGUCGGAAGCGUCACUGCUUGGAUCUCGCCAGCCUUUACAACACCUGUUUCUAUAGCAACAGAAAUAUCAGAUAUCCUAAAAAAGUUACGUUCCCACAAUGCAGUCCUCAAACUCCUCCUCUCAGCCUUCAAAGCCACGACGUUUUGACUUCAUCAGACGGACCAAUACCUUAGCUGCACCAAAGUCUGCUGGCCCUGGUUUUCAGAGGGAGGAUAAAAACAUGAACACAAUCAGCAAAUCCUCCCCACGCCGGCCUACUAAAGGCCCCACUGCACCUGCUAGGACCAGGGUGGGAGUGCAGCCUCGAGCUCCAGUGAACCAGUCGAAGUUUGGUUCUCAAAAACAGGUUUCCACCAUCUCCAAAUCGGCUAAACCCAAACCCAAGAUUACUCGUGCAUCGGCAGCAACCAAAAUUGCACCUGCAGCGGCUGCUCCUCCUCCUCCUGCACUUCCAUCUGCUCUCCCUCUUGACCCAAAUUGCAACGAGCCAAGCCUCCCAUGUCUGUGCUGUGAUGGUCGCUCUCCACAGGACAACAACAGUAUGUUCAACCAUAACCACAACAACAACAACACCAUCUCUCUUAGACAGCAGCUACAGCUUCCUCCUCCUCCUCCAGCCCUGUUGCCCCAGAGGCAGGAUGGGACAGGGGCCAAGGAGCAGCCUCCAUCACAAGCACAGGCCCAGCUGGAGUCGUCUGCCUGCUCUGCUGCCAGUCUGGAGAACGAUGACAAGAAUGGAGAUGACAGCGCUGAUCUAGACAACAAGAAAAAUACAAAGGUAGAGGAAGAAGAUGAUGAGGAUGAGAGCAGUGGGGAUAUUGAUAUUGAUGAUGAUGAAGACGAGGCUGACAAUGAUGACGAUGAUGAUGAUGAUGAUGAUACUCUGGUCCCCUCAUGCUGCGACUGUCCCCCCUCCCUCCUUGAGUUCUCACUCUCCUCUUCUACCUCCUCAUCCUCUACUUCCAUCAGCUCCUGCUCUGAUCUGGAGUCUGACUGUGGUGAUCAAACAGCCUCCAUCUGCUCCUCCCAUGAUGAAGAUACUCUUUCUGUUGCUCUGACUCCCAAAGACCACUCUAUUCCACAACCCCUCGAAUGCCAGCCUCCUGCGCGUUCACCUCCAUCCCUUCCCCUUAGCCGCAAUCCCUUCUCCCUAACAUCACGUUCCCCGAUGUUGGCUUGCUCUCCAGAUGAAGGCUACCCCUCCGCCCUGGACUCCCCAUCUCCUGAUUAUUUAGGAGUGAAAGGUGAUUCUGAGGUCACUAAAAUAGGUUUGCUCGACUUUCUAGAAUCAGUUGGAGAGUUUGGGAAAAUGGAGCGCUUCAGCCAGGUGAUCCAAGUUGCUCGUUGGGAUCUGGAGGGGGAACAGCACUGGGACGUUCUAAGGGAUCGUUUGGAUCACCUUGAUCGCUUGGAGAAAGUGAACAGGGAGGUAAAACUGGCCUACAUCGCCAGACUCCAUGAGAAGGGUUUUGAUCUUGGAGAUCUGGAGGAGCAGGAUCUCUCAGAUGUCAUGGAUGAAAUGGGCAACAUCGACAUUCCCUGGAAGUUGUAUAAAAGCAAUGGGGAAACAAUGGCAGUCUCUCAGGAGUUCUCAGACGCAGGGGUUGACCUCACUGCUCCAUCAGAUUGCGAUGAUCCACUUGUUCCAGAUUCCCUCACCCCUUCCCCUGUCGAGCCACCACCUAGACCCCCCAAACCUCCUGCCCGUCAUGCCAGUGUGAGCUCUUACCUCCACACCUACAUCAAUAUUAGCAGGGAGACCACCUCCAUGGCCGUUUCCACCUCUCCUACAUUGUCUACUUUCUCCCCUAACUCAUCAUCCCCCACAUUCACCACUUUUAGGUGCGAAAAACCCCUACCUCCAUCUCCACCAUCAGUUCCUCCUCCCCCGGCCUCUAAACCAGUCCCUUACCUCACCCUCUAUACCACUCCUUCCCCCCCGAGAUCUAUCCCCACUCCUACUCCUCCCAUCCCUCCCCCUCGCAAACGCCACCUUGCCAGGAAGGAGGCACAGAGGCUAGCUGCUCUUAGAGCGGAACAGGAAAAGACCCCCCUGUCCCUCCCACCGCCUAUCACGCGGCCACCACCUCUUCCUCCUCCACCUUUUAUCUCAGUCUCCUCCUCAUCUCCCCCUGCCAUACCACCUCCUCCUGCUCUGCCUCCUCCCCCUUCCUUCCAUGCUCUGGAUGUAGAGAUUAGGAAGCUACUAAUGCUUGCAGGACUGACCCAAGCUGAACUCCUCAAACUCAGCCCAGAGCUUGGUGUCUGUGUUGGAGGGUUAGAUGAUGAGGCGGAUGGAGAUAAUCUUCCCCCAUGUAGAUCCGUGAAAUCACAAGAGUUCAGACUUAAAGACAGGGAGGAGGAGGAGGAAUGUGCCACUGAAUUCAUGGAAAGUGAUGGAUGCUGUAGCAGAGGCAAGUUAGAUGGAGAUCAAAGAGUGGAUGUAGAUGAAGAGAGCAAGAAGAAAGAGGAGAUCAAAGAGACACAAAGAACCACCUCAUUCACAGAGAUGGCAAGAAGAAGGAAGAGGAACAGUGGUCUGACGUCCAACCAUUACUACAGCACUGGACUUAGCAAUACAUAUGAAUCUAAAGCAAAGAACAAGAGCUUUGAGAAUUUCCAUUAUCCUGCUGAAAUACCAGAUUCACCUCCUCCUCCUCCCCCCCCUCGCCCCUUACCCCCAAUCCCACCGUCUUUGCCAUCCGUCAAAGUCAGCACUCUCCCUGCCCAUUCUGCACAGCCUGAGCGGUUUGAUUGGCUGAUAGCAUUCACACCUGAAUGUGACUCCCCACCACAACCUCCGCCCCUGGAAAUGAGAAAAUCUCAUAAAGAAACCCAAAAGAAGCUUGGUUCGCCUGGAUCAUCUCAAGGGACAGCUCCGAACGUCACAACUUUCAAAGAGCUGCGUUUACGCAACAAGAGCACCUACCUUGCAACAAAGUUGAUCACUGAUCCAGAGCCUGACCCCACAAUCAUCACUCCAGAUCCAGAUAUACUGUACAACCUGAAGUGGAGAAGGGAGACGGUCGGCAGUGAUGGCAGCCAGUGGGAAUACACCUCUCAGGCUCAGGCCCUGUUCAUGCAGCCGCCACCAGCUCUCACCUCAAUGGCUGCUCUGAAGGAAAUGCUACAGAGAGCUGACAAGGAGGGCGGACAACCGGAGCUGUGUCCAUCACAGAAGAUUGGCUGCUCAGUCAGUGAAAACAGCCUGUGGACCAUGGGCAGAGAGUGGGAGGGUGAGGAAGUUCAGAUGGAGGAAAAGGAAGGGAAGGAGGAAGAAAAAGAGGUAGAAGUGGAGGUGAGAGGACAAGCUGAUGGAGGAAGGACCCUGCAAGCAAGAACAACAGUUUCCUCUCCCCCACUCUCCCUAGCCCAGUCAUCCCAACCCUACUUCCUCCACACCGCCCUCCCUUCCUAUCGCCCAGGCUACUGUAACUCGCAGCCUCUUGCAGAUCCCAGGCCCCACCAACAUGUAGGCAGGGAGUCCUCAUACAAACACUACAACACACAGUGGAGCCCUGCUGCCAGCUCAGCUUGUGUCUACAGAGAUGAUUCCAGCACUGAUUCAAACUCUGGGUUUAACUAUGAUUCCCUGGCCGAUUUAUGUGUAGACUCUCAUUAUUAUGAGAAUAUCUUUAAGCAAAACACACACGCGGCUCACCAAUCCAAAAAUAAUGACAGGGAGUUUGCGUCUGACUCUAUUUGUAAUACUGACUCUCUCUACUGCAGUGACUCAGAGAAGAAGAGUAACACACACACUAAGUCAGACCCUCCUGUUAGUGGCAUCACUGAGGCCCCUGGUUGCACCACUCCCUAUAAGAACAUAGAUGUCAUGAUGACGUAUUCGAACCGCAUCAGUGCUGUCGGUUCGCUGUAUUCAGAAAAGCGCACACACUCACACACAGAGAACAGCAGCAACAAGGAAAGGACAUCCAAAGAGCUUCCCCCUCUCCCCACCUAUUACCUGUACCACCCUAAGAACUGCCCCCUGCACAGGGGUGCCCCUCCUCGCCUCUCCCCUAUUGGAGCCCUGUCCCCUCCCCUGCGCCCCGGAGUACCCCCUCCAGGCGUGGCGGGCUCUGGCCUCAGCUCCCCGCUUUUCCCCCGCUCGCACACCUUGCCUGCCCUCGCUGCUCCGCUCUACUAUCCAAACCUCUACCCUCCUAUACCGAUCACAGCGCCCCCCCUACCCCCAAAACUCUACCAGGCUCCUCCGCAGUCACGCGUGGCGACUGUUCGCAGCGUCUCAUUUGCCGGAUCUGUACAGAGGGGAGAGACGUCCUGGAUGGGCGAAGAUGUUAAGUUUCCGAUGAAAGGUCUUGGCCUGUCCUCACUGUGCCUGCAGGAGGAGAAAGCUCUGGUCAGUGCAGUCAGUGUGGCAGUUGAGGCCAUUUUGGCCCAGUUCAGUUCUUCUCGGACUGUAGUUCAGAAGUCUCUCUCAGUUAACAAGACCUUAUCAGGAGACAGCACUAUAAAUCCGUCUCUGGGCCGUCUGGUGCUGCAGUGCCUCUGCCCCGCCCUGCACAACUUGCUGACCAAUGGCUUGAAACCCCACCAGAGUGACCUGAUUGCAGGCAGGAGGCCAAACUCCGCCUGGGGCCUGGUCCAGGCCUCAACCAAGCCAGGUCCCAAAACACAGGCAUUGUUCAACCUACAAGUUCGAGUUGGGGACCUGCCCCAGCUCAGACAGAGCAAACACAGGUUCAAUGCAUUCCUCCUUGGCCUCCUGAAUACCAAAUUUCUUGAUUUCUGGCUAUCUCACCUUCAGUCUUGCGGUGAUGUGUUGGAGACAUUCUACCGUCCCAACUCCUUUAUGCGUCUGUCCAUGACCACCUGCCAGUCUCUGUUCGAGGAGCUGCUGCUCGUGUUGCAGCCUCUCAGCCUGCUGACCUUCAACCUCGACCUGCUCUUCCAGCAUCACCAUUUAGAGCCAGACAGUCACAGCCCAGGGAUCCCCAGUCCGCCCUGUCAGGAUGCAGGCUUACAGCUCUCAAAAAGGGGGUCCCAAUCCAAAAUCACAGGCAGCAUAUAUAUUGAAAGCCUCUCGGAAGUAGACUUUGGAAGCCCAGAACAUCAGGCGGCUAAAGAAAAAUUGUCACCACUGUCCAAUCCAAAGAACGUCGGAGCAGGGGAGGCAGCACAUGUCAAUGCUGCGCCUGUUAAGGCUUCAGCCACUCUCAUUCAGACAAGUCCUCAGCUUUUGUGGGUGCAAGAGAAGGAAAUUGCAGCGUUACCUCCUCCUGAUGUUGAGGAGGACAGCAUUGCUCACCAGGCAGGACAGGUGAUCCAGCAGGGUUGGGGUGCUGUCAUGCGCUGGGGAGGCCGACUCAGCCAGAACCUGUCUGAGCUGAGCCUGUCUGCAGAGAAAAAGGAGGAAAUGCAGACAGAUCUGCCGGACCUCCGGACCCAGGCAGGGAGUGACUACACUCCAGUCAGCAGUGGUGCUCAGGUUCCCUGGGGUCUGGGUCGGCUGUUUGGAGCCUCUAAAAGCCCCACCAGCCCAAUGGGUCACACUCCGCCAACCAGGCGUCCUUCUCAGUGGUUGGCUCCUGGUGUCACGGCACUGACGCGAAUGAUGAACAGCAGCCCCACUACGAUGAUAAAGACAGCCCCCGAGCCUCAGGGAGCAAGUGGGCCAGAGUCCGAGAAAGAGGUUGAGUCACUGGAGAUGAAGGACAAACCCCGACCACUCAGGUCUGUACGAACACUGUGUGACCACAGUGGAAGCGGUUCGGAGCUCAGCUUCGGCAAAGGGGAGCAACUCCUGGUGUUGGGAGGCGUCGAUCAAGACUGGAUUCGCUGCCGUCAGGGAGACAAAGAGGGACUGGUACCGAUUGGCUACACAUCCCUCAUCAUGUGACAUUGGCACCAUAACUGCUGCACUCAAUCAAUAAAAAAAGAUAAACAAAAAAAAUAAUAUAUUUUAGGCAAAUAUUGAGAGGUAAUGACAAGGCCCCUCUACUCUAAAAGGGAUAUUUCACACUUGCUCUGUUAGAGUUUGAGUUGAGUGCAUAACACCAUCUGUUCUGCUUUGCGUUCACCAGGAGCAGUCUGCAGCCUAUUCGUUUUCGAACAUAAGGGAGUUUCUCCCCCCCAUCACAAUCCAUCCAGUUUGGUAGCAACUAAUGGAUUCUAGCAGCAGGAGUUCAGCAGAUGGUGUGAAAUAAUGACUCAAGUCAAAUUUAGACCAUUUCACACUGAAAGACCUUUGAUCUUGGAGUGAAGUAUCCCUUCAAAUGCCCUUUUCUCAAUGUCUGCCUUCCUUGCCUUUAGCCACUGAUUUGAAAAAGAUCACAAGGGGGGAAAUUCUGUGCAAUCAAUCAACUAGCAUAUUCACAUGCUUUCAGAUCAGCGGCUGCCUGUUGUGAGGAGGCGGCGGUCGACAGCCUUACGGUUGACACUUAAAUAUCUUUGUUCGUCAGCUGCACAGAGUAGUGGUUCGCAGGUUGUCGAGUGGAGAAAGCAUGUUAGAGUACUGGGCCGUAGCUCCCAUUGCAUACUGCAUAGUAAUGUUGUGAAGUGUAGCUGUGUACAUCUGUGUUCUAUUGACCUUUCACCCCUAUUGACCUCUCACCUUUAUCGCCUGAUUCAUGCGUGUUUGACAUGUUUCUGCUACUAUAUUUGACUGUAAAAUAUACAUAAAAUAUAUAAAUAUAUAUAUAGGUAUAUAAAUUGAGAUCAAUAUUACCAAGAUAGAUAGAAAGAUAGAUGAACAAGUAGAAGCAGGUUGUGAAACACGAGCAGCAGUUGAACACUGAUGAUUGAUAAUAGUAAUGGAUGGUUUCAUUCUCUUUCUUGACACCUGCAAAUUUUCACACACACUAGGUGGUUGUCAUACAUGCUAAAGAGGUGUGUGUGUGUGUGUGUGUGUGUGUGUGUGUGUGUGUGUGUGUGUGUGUGUUUGUUUUAACUGUGAAAUCCAGCAUCUUCCCUCUUGUGUACUUUACGUUUUGCCAUUGUCUUGUCAUAUUAUUGUCUUAUUAAUCAAAUAAUUAGACCUACAAUGUUAUUCAUACCUUUAAAGCCUGUAGGCUUUGACUUAAUGCCAGAAAAAAUAUCCAUACGUCCCUCACAGUUAUAUAGAAGAAUAUCAGACAACAGCAAUCUGUAGCUUUUCUCUCCACUUGUCUAAAACCUCACGGGGUCAAUGUGGGUCGGAGCGAUCACCUCGCAAAACUAUGCUCAGCUCAUAUUUAACACUAACUGAACUCAAAAUCAUGACAAAGUCCUUGAGUUGUCUAAUUCAUAACUGCUGCUGUAAAGUCUGUAGGUUUGGUGGCUGGUUUUCACCUUGUACCUCUGCUUUUGUACUUUUAAUUUAACCUUAACCCGCCAUGUUUGCUGAUCAUAAUCAUUGAUAUUGAUGAUCGUGGUUGUAGAAGUGGUCGUGGUGAAAGUGAAUUGUUGAUUCUAAAGUUGCUCAUAUGAAAUAUGCUGCUUUGUGUCAAAUAUGUAUUAGUUAUUCUCUAGAGUCUGUAUUUAUAACUAUGUAUAUGGUUAAAUGUACAACAAAAGGCUUUUUUUCUUUGUUUGUUUUACAAAAUCAUGAUUAUAAUUUAAUGUUCUCAUGAAGCUACAGACGAAAGUAAUAGCUCAAGUUAAAUGAUGAGUCUGGUCCACAAACUAAAGGACCUGAAACUGAAGGACCGAGAUUUAAUUCUGCAGGAAAGUUUAAAUGCUGUCGAUCAGGGAAAAGUUCAGUCUUUCAAAGUUUCUUCAUCUCACUGUGUCACUGCCAUGUAGCAUGAUAUAACUGUCACUACGGCAAAAGUCCAGUAGCAUUAAAUCAAACCAGUGCUCAUAACUUGUAACUACUGAUCACUAUAAAAUGCCAUGAAAUGGAUAUUACCUUGGUGUUUACAAGAAAUAUUAUCCAGUUAAACAAAAAAAAAAAUCAGUUCACACAUUGACAUAAGCUUUUUGUUUGUGUAUUUGUUAAUUUAUUGGAUGUGCUAUUAAUGGAUCUUGAGGUUUUUGAAAGGAAUAGCUCUCUAUCUGACCCAUCUAGCAUUUCUAUCUAUCUGGGUUAUUUGCGUGCGUGCGUGCGUGCGUGCGUGCGUGCGUGCGUGUGUGUGUGCGUGUGUGUGUGUGUGUGUGUGUGUGUGAGUGAGACUGAGACUGUAUGAGCGUGCACAUGGCAGCUUAUGAGCUAGUGAAAGCAGGGAUGAGUGUGAGCACAUCCUGCACUUUCACUUUUGUGUGUGUGUGUGUGUUUAAGUGUAACAACGAGAUCUGUACCUCCCUCCCUCCUUCUCCUCACCCUCUCUUUCUCUCACUGGUGUCAUGUAGCCUGUAGACAUCCCCCCCCCCCCCAGUAUCCUACUAUUGCAUUUAGUUGAGUGCCCCCCAGUGUCAGUCACUGUCUCCUCUUCCUGCAUGUGCUUGUUUGUAAAUACACCAAAUAAAAUGAUCAGUAUGAACCAA